AUGACCCUAUUAUCAAGCAAAAGGAUUUUCAAUAACCUCUUUCUUAGAAGAAUGUGCAGUGUGUGUGCAGGUUCCAGAGACCCCCAUAUUCCAGUUAUGUUAAAUGAAGCAGUUGAAUACCUAAAACCAGGUGAAAAACAAACUAUCUUAGAUAUGACGUUUGGAGCAGGAGGUCACAGUCGAAAACUGCUUGAAUCAGCACCACAAAUAAAAAUUUUAGCAUUAGACCGAGACCCCACUGCAUAUAAUUACGCACUUACUCUAUCCAAAGAAUAUCCCGAUCAAGUUAUACCAUUGCUGGGAAAAUUUUCAGAUUUACCAAAACUUUUGAAUACACAUAAAUUUGGUAAAAAUUCAAUUGAUGGAAUUUUAAUGGAUUGUGGUUGCUCUUCAAUGCAAUUUGAUAAUGAAGAGCGGGGAUUUUCCAUUUCUAAAAAUGGUCCUCUUGAUAUGAGGAUGGACUCAAAUAGAUGUGAAAAUGUACCAACUGCUGCUGAUGUUCUAGCUAAGGCAAGUGAAGGUGACUUAUAUAAAAUUUUGAAAAUAUACGGGGAAGAGAAACAAGCAAAAAAAAUUGCUAGGACUAUAGUAGAAGCUAGGUACCUCUUUAAGAAACUCCAAACCACUGAAGAAUUAGCAGAUUUGGUUGAUUCUUGUUUCACUUCUGAAUAUCGAUUAGAUAAGCUACAGAGGCGCAGUCAUAAUGCCACAAAAACCUUUCAAGCUAUCAGGAUAUUCGUCAACAAUGAGUUGAAUGAAUUAAAUUAUGGUAUGAUAUUAGCUCAUCACUAUUUGAAACUAGGCGGUAGACUUAUAACCAUAACGUUUCAUUCCUUGGAAGACACUAUUGUAAAGAGACAUCUCAUGGGCAAUUUAGUAGAAAAUACAGCUAAUCCCAUUCCCCUCAAAUUCUGCAGCCACAUGGUCAAUGCAGGAGAAGAAAUGAUGAAACAACUGAUGGAAAAAAACUGGAAAAUGCUGCAUAAACACGUACUUACACCCACUAUGGAAGAAGUUGAGAAAAAUCCUAGAAGUCGUUCUGCCAAGCUUCGAGCAGCCGCUAAAAUUAAUUAGCUCCAAGUAAGUUGAACUAUAGUCAGUUUUUUUGUUCACAAAUAAUGAACAACAAGAAUAGUAUUAUGAAAAUGGUGAAAUAACUAAAUAAAUUUUUUUUUGUUCCUUCCAA